AAUGUUAAUGCUAGAAUCUGAAUUCGAACUCUUUACCUAUUUAAAUUUCGUCCACACAUGCGCAAAGCGCGCUGGCACCGUUGUUGAUCGUACCAUAGAUUUGGAAGCCGAUGAAGAGUUUCCUGAAUUUAAUGAUGAUGUCUUUUUAAAUGAUCCGUACUUAAGUUCUCUUAUAAGAGAUAGAACGUUAAACAUGGUACCAAAUAAAUUGGAAUCCAUAGAUAAACCCGUUGCACUACACUAUCAGGAGUUAAUUGAGCAAUCUAAUGCAAAAUUUCCUAAAAUUCUAACUGAAAAGCAAGUACUACUAAAAUAUCAGGAGAUGAAAGAACAGAUGAAAUAUUUGGAUGAAGAAGAAAAAAGGUUUAAAGCUUAUGAAAAGUUGUUAAAUUGUCCAAGACAGAUAAAAAAUUGGGAUGUUUACGAUAAGCCACCUCCCCGUCCCGAAAGUGAUAGUUCACCAUCAACACCUAUUCAAACAAGUCCCGGAAAAGUCAAAAGUUAUAGAGGAGGUAGGAGGAGUGGAAGAGCAUCAAGAAAUUUGCAAGUUUCUAGUUCACAAAACUUAAAAGCCAAAGCGUUCUUUGACGCAUGA